AGCUCACUUUGGUCUCACGGAGAUUCCUCGCUUCUCGCGAUUCGCGCUCCCUCUCUCACUCGCCAAGUUUCGAGUAGUUCGGGCGCCCGAAUCGCCGCCGAAGUUAGUCGUGAUUUUGAGCUCGCCCGGUUUAGUUCGUUGGUGGAGAUCUGUGGAAAACGCAGCAAGGAAAAGAAAGUGAUCGAUCGAUCGGAUUGAAAGUGAAAAACAUUGCAAGGAUUUGUGCCAAUGUGCCUUUCUACAUGCCACGGCGUGACAGUGAGCUGAGGUGAUUUUAGUUCUGAAAAAUAGUACAGCGCGCUAGUGAAAGCAAGAAAAGGCGCCUGAGAAAAUCAAGGAAGUGACACACAGUUCGGAGUGACGGCAAGCAAAAUGGUGACAGGAAUCGGAGCCACGGCGCAACAGGUGGCCGGUGCGCCGGCAACCAUCCAGAUUUCGCCGGCCGAACCGGUCAAACGGUCAUCCAGCGACAACCGAAGGAGCAACAAACCGAUCAUGGAGAAGCGACGACGGGCGCGCAUCAACAACUGCCUGAACGAGCUGAAGGCGCUCAUCCUCGAUGCCAUGAAAAAAGACCCCGCACGUCACUCGAAGCUGGAGAAGGCCGACAUCCUGGAGAUGACGGUAAAGCACCUGGAGAACCUGCAGCGCCAGCAGAGCGCCCUGUCGCAGGCGAGCGAUCCGAGCGUGAUGAACAAGUUCAAGGCCGGCUUCAACGAGUGCGCCCAGGAGGUGGGCCGCUUCCCGGAGAUCGAGCCCCUGGUCAAGCGCCGCCUGAUGCAGCACCUCAGCAACUGCAUCAACAGCAGCGGCGUCAAGGAUCUGCCGAAGCGCCACCAUCACCACCAGCAGCAGCAGCAGCAGCCAGGCUCGCAGGCUCCGCUCCACAUUCUACCGUCGCCCCCGAGCUCACCGGAACAGCACGGACCGGCCGGCGUCGCUGAUCACGCGCACCACUUCGCCCAGUACCAACAGCACCACCUUCAGGGCGGAAACGGAAGCGUUUACAUGACGAGCGGUGUCGGUGGCGCGAGCAUUCAGCUGAUCCCGACCAAGCUACCGAACGGAAGUGUGGCGUUCGUGUUGCCGCAGGCUGCGGCCGCGGCCAGCGCAGCGCCCGUCCCAAUGCUCGUACCCAUCCCGACCCGUACCGCAUCGACCGGAUCCGCCUCGUCCAGUCAGUCCGGUGUUUCGUCCCUGUACGAUCGCGUACCCCGGGAGCAUGCCACCUCACCGUAUCACGCCCCACCCAGCCCGGCCAACUCGAACUACGAGCCGAUGGAGUGCUCACAGUCAGUGGCCACCUCGCAGCUAUCGCCCGGCCGGCCCGGACACCAGUACUACCUCCAGCAGCCAUCGCAGCAGCAGCAGCAGCAGUCGCCACAGCAACCGUCCCAGCAGCCGACGCCGCAAUCGCAGCAACCACCCGUAAUCAGCAGCCCCGACAGCCCGCUCUCGCUGGUCAUGAAGAAGCCGUAUCAGGACGAGGACCGCACCGAUGAUGACGACGACGACGACAGCGAGGACGACCAGGACAUGAAGCAGGCCAUGGAAGCCGACGACAAGGCCUGCUGGCGUCCGUGGUAAGCCACGGAAGAGUCGAUCCUGAGUCGUCAACACAACAGUACCUAAAACCGAGAGUGAAGUGUGAGCUGUGAGUGUGGUGGCAGUGCAGAGUGCAGACCUCCUGGGGAGAGAGAGAGAAGUGCAUUAGUCAAUGUGGCCUCGCGCCCACUAGUCAUACGGUUUUCCAUCAGCGAAGAAAACUAUGCAUCUCAGUGGGACCGGGCGAGGCCACUCUCUCUCUCUCUCUCGGUGCGCGUGUGGCAACAUAAACAACUGCAACAAAACCGUGAUGCUGUGAAUAACUUUUAAGGACACCUAACCCGCGCGCGCUCUGGAGCCCAGGCGGGGAGGGCCUUACUGUGUAGGCUCCUUAGUGGUGUGUGCGUGAGUGUGGAGUGCCGAGUCACUAGAGGGGGGGCGGGUCGCCCCUGUCACCCAGCAAGCUUUACCCGUCCCGACCCCCGGGAGGUUAGGAGUUUCGUUUCUUUAGUUUAGUUCGGGGUCGGAGUUUUGCUUUUAUUUUUUUUUUCGUUUUCCAACCCCAUUGUACCCGACCCCAAUGGGGGGAGUGUGCGACAUUAAUCACAAACGUCUUCCAAAACGUGUGGCCCACUCAGACAAACCCGCAAAGGACCGGAUCCGCUGUCCGGCUGUCGUGUGUUCCGUGUUUAGGCAUUAUUUCGAUUAUUAUUUUUAACGUUGUCUGUAUGUAUGUUUUCUUUUCUUGGUGGGUUACAUUAGUGCUAAAUUUGCUUAAAUUAUUAUCAUCGAACGGCCCCAAUCCAAACCGCAAGGAGACAAGGACCCAACAAACCGGCGGCCUAGCUUUUCAUUACCACUAAGACAAGAAGAGGGGCGGACACAGCUUAUUAGAGUUUAGAGAGAGGCGCGUGCCGAACAACAACAACUUCCUCAGAUCGUCCCAAGGCCAGCGUAGUAGUGUAGUAGCGAAGCAGAGAGCAUAUUUAUACCGGAUAAGGACCACAGCCAGGCCAGGUAGCAAUCAUUGCAGCAAUGAGUGAGCCAGACGCGCGAUGCGAAUCAACCCAUAAGACUUAAGAGCAGAGCCCCGCUACUAGAUAGGUGGCCGCUAGACGGCCUUCCGAUAGAGUUUUCGUAUUUAAGAGAGAAUAUUUUAAAACCAACAAGGCCGUAAUAGUGCGUAAGAGAGAGAGAGCGAGAGCGAGAACCCCUCACAGAACCUUCCUAUUGUAAAAAGUUGCAAAUAAUAUUUUAAAAUGUACUUCUUUUUAACGCUAAAGAACCCCACAUCGGUGACGACCGGGGCCGGACCGUGUCCGGUCGCCGGGUCGCGGUGGGAAAUA